AUGGGCAAUGAUGGCGGCAGCAUCCCGACGCGCCGCGAGCUGGUGAAAGAGGCCGCCAAGAACCCUUCCGCCACGGAGAUCAAGGAAUCUCAGCACGAACAGCAGGAGUACCACUGGACAACAGACCCAAUCUCACAGGAGCCGCUGGCACCGCCCAUCGUCUCGGACUCGUCUGGAAAGCUAUACAACAAGGCGACUAUCUUGGAGUACCUCGUGGAGGGCAAGCGCAAGGACGAGGUCGACCGAAUCACCCAGGGCGCAGUGAAGGGCUUGAAGGACAUUGUCGAAGUCAAGUUCGAGGUGGACGACGAAGCUACCGCGAAGCGCGAGUUCUGGAAAUGCCCCGUGACCGGGGAUAAACUAGGACCUGGCUCGAAAGCGGCAUACAUCGUCCCCUGCGGCCAUGCCUUCUCCGGCACCGCCAUCAAGGAAGUCUCGGGCGAGAAGUGCCUGACGUGCGAGACGGAAUACGCAUCCAACGACAUCAUCCCCAUCCUCCCGACUUCCACGCCAGACAUCGCGCGCCUCGCGCUCCGAGUCAAGACGUUGCAGGAGAAAGGCCUGACGCAUUCUCUGAAGAAGGCGACUGGCGGCGGCGGAAAGAAGCGCAAGAAGAAGGACGAGAGCUCGGAGGAGACCGCAAGGGUGACGACCAACGGCGCGUCCCAGAAAGAGCACGGCACACGCGACGACGCACCAGCCGCGGAGACGCAUGCCUCCCACGGCAUCAACAACGCCUCGACCGCGUCUCUGACGGCGAAAGUCAUGCAGGAGCAGGCGAAAUCCAAGAAGCGAAGGCUGGAAAGCGACAAUGUUCGCAGCCUCUUCUCCACCAAGAAUUCGUCGUCGGGCAAGAACAGCGAUUUCAUGACGCGAGGAUACAGCGUCCCCGCUGCUUCGAAACGAUGA